GUCUGGCUUUCAAGGAUGCGUUGCUCUUUGAAUGCCUAAAAAUCAAGAGAGAGUUGCUUGCUGAGGAUCAGCUGCCAUGCCUGGUUUCUCCUGAAGUUGCAAUCUUUGACAAACUUACCUGCGGAGUAAGUCCCCGUUGAAUUAAAUCAGACUUACUUGGGAAGUAAAGAAAACAGAGAGGCAUGAUGGGCCAAGUUCUGCUAUUACUACUAUUUUCCACUUCUGUCUCGAGCCUCAUUAAUGGAAUAAAUGUAGAACAAGAUUUCAGCUGGCAGUUAAAAAAAGUACCCCGGAUUGUGAAGGGAAAGACUUUGUCCCUUGAGAGCCCUAAAUUUGAAGCCAGUGCCAAACUAGAGCUGAUUGGAGUAUGUGGGAUUGAAUGCCAGCGGAGACUCCCAGGGCCGCAUUUGUCUGAUCUUCAGGAGCUGCUCUCUUAUGAGACGGUCUUUGAGAAUGGCACACGGACACUAACUGAAGUGAAUGUUUUGGAGGCAGAAAUUAACCCAGUUGCAAAUGCCACCACAAAGGUAUUAUCAAGACGAAAGAGGCAGGUAUAUGGCACCGACAGCAGAUUCAGUAUUUCAGACACACGCUUUCUCACCAACUUCCCUUUCAACACAGCUGUGAAGAUCUCCACAGGCUGCAGCGGCAUUCUGAUUUCCCCAAAGCAUGUGCUAACUGCUGCUCACUGCAUCCAUGAUGGUAAAGACUACCUCAAAGGCAGCAAAAAACUGAGAGUGGGGUUGCUGAGGCUGAAAUCCAAAGGCAGUGGCAAGAAACGUAGGGGUGCCAAAAGAAGUAAAAGGGAGGAACUGGAUCUUGAGGCUUACCACACAACUGCCGAACAGCUGAAUCGGGGAGCCAGCAGUAGAGCUGGCAGAAGACAAAAGGCGUCUGGGGUGAGUGAAAAGAAAUCUGAGCGUAAGCCCUCCUUCCAGUGGACAAGAGUAAAAAGUACACAGAUUCCCAAAGGCUGGUUAAGAGGUGUAACCGGGGAUGUUGCAGUCGAUUAUGAUUAUGCAGUUCUGGAGCUGAAGCGCCCCCAUAAGAAGAAAUACAUGGAUCUGGGCAUCAGUCCAAAUAGCAAGAUGAUGCCUGGGAGCAUGAUCCACUUCUCUGGGUUUGAUGCUGAUCGAUCUGGCCAGCUGGUCUAUCGAUUUUGUAGUGUGUCAGAGGAAUCCGGUGAUCUCUUCUACCAGCAUUGUGAUGCCGAGUCUGGCUCUACGGGAUCUGGAAUCUACCUCCGCCUUAAAGACGGAAACAAGAAAAAAUGGAAGCGCAAAAUCAUUGCCAUUUUUUCUGGUCAUCAGUGGGUAGAUGUCAAUGGAGAGCAGCAGGAUUACAAUGUGGCAGUUCGGAUCACUCCUCUCAAAUAUGCCCAGAUUUGCCUCUGGAUACAUGGGACUGAGGAGAACUGUGUACAGGGCUGAUGGCAGCUGACACAAGACGGCCUGACUGCAACAGGGGGGACAUACGUGGUUGGGCAUACAUUGAGCUGGAUAUGAAUUUGUUUGAACUUGAAACCAGCAGUUAAUUUCUGAUAUACUGAAGAUUAAAAACAUUUACGCAGCAUUUAGUAGAAUUUUUCAACUGGGUUGUUUAAAUUGACCAUAGAAAUGACAUGCACUUAAAAUCCUGAAUUGUAUUACAGUAUUUAUUUUUUUAUUUUUGUGGUAAAUUUGGGUCAUUCCUAUUAAAAAAACCCCUAAUGGCUCCUUAUGUUUGCCUGCGUUUUUAAAGAGAAGCAUAUUCUCUUGUAAUUGGUACUUUUAAAAUAUGUGAUUGUUUCAUUUUCCAUUUUACUUACUUUUCUCAGGGUUGUGCUCCAAUAAGCAUUUUUCUACUAUGCAGGUUUCAUGUCUAUAAGUGUAUCAUAUCUGCAGGAUAAUCAAAAUUGUGAUUCAUCAGAGAAACUUCAGGUGUAAUGACAAACCCUAAUUUAUCUGGGGGAUCACUGGCAUGCAUGCUCAGUCUCCCCCCAGCACAGAGAUUGAAUGAAUGGCUUCUCCUUUCAUGCCAACCAUAGUUUGCCAUUACUUACAAACUGCAAGCUAUUGUUUAUGCUUUUCUCUACAAUCCUAACCUGGAUUAAACCUUGGUUUGCCAUUAGGUCUGAAGUACGUCAGUCUAUCUUCACCCUUAAAUACUUUGGCUAAAUUAGCUUAGCUGAGGUCAUAUGUAAAGCCCACAAAUUCCAUUGCAUUGCAUUCUAAACAACAAAGUGGAGCUUAAUGAACAUAGUAGCAUGUCCUCUCUUUGGAAAAAAGGAAUAACCAUAAGAGUAUAAUUUUAAGUCUAGUUUGAGAAGAUAAGCAAAACCAGAGAGUAUUAUAUGUAUAUUCAUUUAACUAGUCCAGGGGUCCCCAACCUUUUUGAGGCUCUAGGGCACCUUUGAAAUUCUGACAGAGGGUGGUAGGUACAACCACAGACUGGCUGCCAUAGGUUGCAGAGCCACCCACGAAGUGGCUGCUGCAGGAGGUGGAGUCACCACAAAAUGUCACAGCAUUAGGUUAUUUCAGAAGAAAGCUCUGCUUGCCUUUUAAAAUGAACACAUUGUUCAAAAAUAUUGUUUUAUAUACAUACAGCUUGCUUUCAGUCACACACUGGAGAUCCUUGUGCAGUGGUGGCUGCUCCUGCCAAAGCAUCAUUUUUAAAAAUCUGCUCAGCCAAUCAGAUUUCCAGUGGCUAGUCAGAAGCUUUCCUGGGCAGAAGCCUACUUGGCCUCACCCACUUGGUAAAAACACUAGACAGGCAACAGGAAAGAUGUCAGCGAAUGCCAUGGUGCCCAUGGGCACUACAAUGGGAACCCCUGAACUAGUCACUAUUUCUGAUAGAUUCCUGACUCCAUUUUUUUUUUUGCAGUCAUGGUACUUUUGUCAAAAGAGAAGUAGUUCUACUGCUAUGUUAUUCUUAAAAACAAUACAACAUACCAAUUAUUUUAAUUGAAGAACGUAAGAAUCGUUCUGCAUUCAGAACUAGGAGAUCAGAGUCAGCCCAGCUCAAAGCACUGUGUGCAAUCUUGUAGGCUACCCAUUCACAUCAACAGAGGACAGUUCUGUUCUCAAAAGGAAGUACUAUUCUGCUGAAGUGAGUAGGGAAGUCUUUACAACUAGGAGUGUUUGACUAAGAGAGUUUUGACUCGUGAAAAUGCCCCAGAAAUGUAGUUAGACUCUAAGGUGCCGCUGGAUCCAAAUCUUGCUCCUCACUGGUUGACUGUAGUGACUUCCACCAUAGAGAUUAGAUUUUGUGGUUUCCCUCUCCCAAUCCCCCAGCAACAGACAUCAUCCCCUGCCCUGGGCCAUCAGAGCUUUUGCCAUUUUUUUUUUAAAAAGCAGCACUACGAUAUCAUAAUAUCGCUAUACCAUUGUAACAAUAAGAAUAGCAGGUUAUCUGAAUUCCCAGCUUUCAUUUUUUAAAAGUCUCAAGCCCCUUCCCUUGUGAAGAAGAGCUUUUCCUCUUAUAUCUUUGCAAGGGAAAGGGCAGGAGAUUUACUUUUUAAAUAAUGAAAGCUGGGAAUUAAUUUGUUUCACCAUUUCCCAGCUCUGUAUCAAUUUUCUGUUUGUUUCUAAAUUUCUGUUCUCUCAGAUCUCAAGCUAAGCGGCCUUGGUUAGUAAUUGGAUGGGAGACCUCCAAUAAAGACCAGGGUUGCAGAGGCAGGCAAUGGAAAACCACCUCUGUUAGUCUCUUGCCAAGCAAACUCCAACAGGGGUUGCCAUAAGUCAACUAUGACUUGAGGGCAGGUUUUCAUCCUUACCCUACUGUAUUGUUUAUUGAAUGUAUUGUUUAUUGAAUGUGCUAGUCAAUUAUCAUAUUGUCUUAUACUGUGAGACUCCUUGAGUCUCAGUGAGAAAGGUGGGUUAUAAUGUAAAUAAAAUAAAUAAAUGUAGAGAACCCACUACACCUAUUGUUACAACAGUAGAGUGACAUAAUGAUAUUCUAGUGCCUUUUUUUUUAAUUAAAAAGCCUCCUUGUGGCAGGAGUUGGAAAUGGCUGGUUUGAGAAAGAUCAGAAAAAAGCCAGGUAACCCCUUUGAGGAGCACAAAUGCACCACGAUGCUGUGAGGAAGCAGAAAAAAUCCAGCUUUCCAAAAGAUUAAAAUUCAGGAUGGAUAACCUGUGUGAAAGACAUCUGUGUGGUAUUGGAUUUACAAGACAAUAGUCGAGCUUUUAAUGGAACCAUGUGAAUCCUUUUAUCUCAGUUCAAAAAAAUUACAUAAAUCAGACAGACCUUCCUUUGCUCAAUCAUGUUGCAAUAACUACAAUGCAUUGAAAAUUAGGUAUGUAUGUUGUAUGAAAUACAACAGGUUGGUAUUAGAGUCUUCAGCUUUACUAAACAUGCUUUGAAAAUGAGAAUGAGUAGUUCAGAUUUAUAUAUUUUUACUUGUUUUUAAAAAUGUAACAGCAACAUUUCCUCCUUCAAAUGUAUUCAGAUAUUUGAAAGCCCUGUAUGACAAACAAGAUUAUCAGGACAUUUAGCAUUAAGAUGUUGUUAGCUUUACAAUAAUUCAGUGUUUGACAUGGAACAAAAUUCACUUUCUUUAUCUGUGUGGGAGAAGAAACAAGAAUACAUGUACACUGAUUACUAAACCUUUUAAAUCAUCUCUAUUUUGAGUGAUUCUUUAAACUCCAUUUUGUAUGAUUAGUUGAAAAUAUUAAAUCUGGGACUGAUAUUAAAAUAUUUGUAUUAUUUCUGUUACUGAAAUAUACAUUUGAGUGUACCCCACAAGCAAUAAAAGCUCACAGCACCUGAACAGCAGCAUUUUUAUUUUAAAUGGAAUUUUAAAAAUAUAUUUUGGCUCUUAUUUUGGGGGAAAGUCAAAUGUCCAAUGAAAGCUAUUAAAGUUAUAUAUUUCAUUGUUUUAAUGAACAGAAAAAAU